GGGAAAUAUAGCAAGGGAAUUUGUGUUUAGGAAGUUGGGGUGCACCAAAGUUUUCCAGGACCCACAAGAUUUUAAAGAGGUUUCGUCCCUGAGAAAAGGGAGGGAGUGGGACCUCAUCUAAAACAGCCACUUUUAUAUGUUUUCUUGUGGUUGUGGGUGCAGUUAUCUGGAGUUGUAUUGUUCCUGGUGUUACCGGGGACGCCUCAGGAUCCCCCUCAGCCCCUGGAGGUCCCCGGACACCGGUUUUUAGAGCCAAGCACCGUGUGGUUGUUUUCUCAAACGAUCUUCGCGGAUCCGCCCAGGAAGUGGCAGACAGAGCAGCAGAGAGAGCACCGAGCAGGCAAAGACACAACCCGAGGCAAAAGUGUAACGUCAUCGUCUCACAACUUAUCAGAAAAGUUGUGAAAUUACAACUUUUAACCACCAAGAGUUUCUCCGUGUUUCAUUUGAGUGAACGCACUUCCCCCUUAAGACUGGACAGACUAUCUGCGGUGGACGUUGGCGGUUCGCUUGAUUAAGUUAACAUGGGGGAUGAAUGGCGGGGUUUUAUCUAAUUUCGUCAGUGCCCUGUGAGAAAAUUUGGAUUUUCCCGAGAGUUUUAGCUAAACUGAGACGUUAACUUGAGCGGAAGGAGGGUUUUAGCUUCGUGAGCUAACAGUACUUUUCUUUUGUCUUUAUUUUACCCUCUCUGGAUCCGGUUAUCAUGACGCCUGACCUCCUGAACUUCAAGAAGGGAUGGAUGUCCAAACUGGACGACAGUGGAGAGUGGAAGAAGCAUUGGUUUGUCUUGACUGAUGCUGGACUGAAGUACUACAGAGACUCGAGUGCAGAGGAGAAAGAUGACUUGGACGGGGAGAUUGACCUUAAAUCGUGCGUGAAGGUGUGUGAGUUUGAUGUGGAGAAGAACUAUGGGUUUCAGGUACAGACGCGGGACGCCGCAUUCACACUGUCUGCCAUGACAGCUGGGAUCAGGCGGAAUUGGAUAGAGGUUUUAAAGAAGUGUAUACGGCCCAGCAGCUCUCCAGACCUCACACAAUUACCUGACAGCAGCAGCGACAAGGAAAACUCCCACUCUCGCUUUCAGCUGUCGUCCCGUCGCCCAUCAUCACGUCAUGCUGACAUUCAGUCAGAUGCUCCAACCUCAGCUCCUCCCACUCAUCGUAGAUUUGACUAUGUCGAACUGUCCCCUGUACCUGCCUCAUCUGGCCCCCUUCCAGCCACCCAGAGAGAAGCAGCAGAGGGACAAGGGAGAGAGCACAGCCAGUGGCAGGAGGAGAGGAACACAAGCAGCCAGUGGGAGGCUGUGCUGUCCAGGAAGGGCACGGGCGUGGGAUCGAACCAAAGGCUACGCACGGAGGACGAAAUAGAGAAAAAGUGGGCUGAGUUUGAGCGCAUGCCGUUAAAGGAGAUGAGCUCCUUACCACCAAUGGGAUCACGGUCUUCCAGCCAGUCAGCCAAUGAGGCGCUGCAGAGGGAGGUAGUGGCGUCACUGAGGCAGCAGCUGGAGCAACUUCAAGGAGGAGGAGGGGGAGGGAAAUGGGGAGGAGGUGUGAGGGGUGGCUGUGGCCCUGAGGCCCCCUGUGGCCGCAGCCUGGCGGCCAUGGACCGUGCUCAUCGACAGGCGCUGGAGGAGCUGCAGAGGCAGCACGACCGCCAAAUCAAGGAGCUGGAGGCCGAGAAGGACAGGCUGCUGCUGGAGGAGACCCAGGACACCGCACGAGUAAUGGAGGCUUUGAAGAAGAAACACAAAGAGGAGCUGGAGAGAGAGGUGGAGAGAGUCAAAAGGCUAAGCAGUGGGGUGCUCGAUUCACAGAGUCUGCGGGCCCAACAACAGGCAGAGACUCAGGCUUUGCAGAGAGAGCUGGCCGGACUGUCUGAGCGCUACUCUCAGAAGUGUCUGGAGCUAAACCGAGCCGAGCAGAACAACGCUGGGAGGGAGCGGGAGAUCAGCCGCAAGGAGAGAGACAUGGAGCAGCUGAGGAAAGACAACCAGGACUUAAAGGCCCGUUUGGCGGAGGAGAUCAGUCGCGCACGAUCUGCCAUCACAGAUGACAACAAAGGCUCGCCCUGUGAACUAGAGGUUCUUCUCAGGGUGAAAGACAACGAGAUAGAGUACUUACACAAGGAGAUCAGCUGUCUAAGGAACGAGCUGCAGUUUCUUAACACGGAGAAACGGCUGGCCUGUGAACGAUACACGGAGGUGCACGAGGAGCUAAGUGGGAUGAAGGGCCGGAGCGAGCGAGAGAUCCAGAGUCUAAAGGAGCACUUGAGACUGGCCAUGGCUGCUCUGCAGGAAGGGCAGAAGCUGGGAAACAGCCUGGACCACUGAGAGUCUGCUGCUGGUACUAACGCUCAGGCAGACACAGUGACAGGUGUGUCUGCUCCACCGUGACUGAAUCAAAGAGGAUUACAGGAGAGCAGAGGAGAUGACUGUUGGACUUGUACAGUUCCGGCUGUGUGGGGACCAUGAUAGUGCCUUAGUUUUCAAUCAUUCUGCCAACGAGCAGCAUAGAGUAGCUAUUAGCCGGGGUUUAUUACACUGGGCCACACGUUAUAUAAAACUGCACUUUUUAUUUUUUAUUUUGGCUUUGCUUUGAGUGCAAGCAUGUAUGAGUGCGCAUUUGGUCUGAAAACUGGAAUAUUUGUCGAGUGGCAUGUUUUCUUUUUUUAUCAGGUUUGUAGAUACAGACUGUAUCAGCUUUUUUUUUUUUUUUUUUUUUUUAAUA